UUCUGCCUUGGAAUUAGACACAGAAGCUCCAGGGAAAACGCACUCAACCCAGUGCCCACGUGAAGGGCUUGGGAAUGAGGAGAGACGUUGCCAGUGACCCAUCUGGAAAGAAUUUUGUUGGGCACACAAACAGGACCUGGGUUCUCAGCAAACAUAGGCCUGAUUCUUGGCAAAACCAAAAAGCAGACCCCUUCCUCUGUCUCUUUCUCCACAUCGGUCUGUUUUCCCCUACAAGGGCCCACGGGCCUUCCACAGCUCCUGGGAGCGAAGCCCCCAUGGCUGUCCCUCGAACUCCAGGCCGCCCCUCUCACCUUUCCAUCCAGUUUUAAUUCCCACAAACCCUCAUGCUGAGGCUUCUUCUUUCUUUGCUUGGAUUCUCUUCCUCAUUGAACAUCAUCUUUGUGUAGUAACUCUAGUAUAAUGGUAUAAAGUGUCGUUUCACUCCAGAUUAAUGCCCUAGGUAAAAAUGCCACGGGCGAUUCUGGGGUGACAUGCAUUCCAUGCUGCCUUCAUUUCCCCUAAGAGAAAUUGCAGACAAUGCCCUGCCAUUGGGCCCCUGACAUCUGCCUCUGUGUCUUUGGCUCUGUGUGCUUUGCUGAAGUUCAAUCCUGUCAAGGAAAAUAGAGCACGAAGAAGCUGAGGGGUCCUCUGGCUUUCCAUUGCGAAGGAGGCCCCCUGUUUCUUGGUGGCCAGAUUCUCACCCCCAGAAGCACAAAGCCAGCAAAGUUGGGAGAGCACCUUGGGUGAAGGCGCCAUCUGAAAAGGAUACACUUUAACAAAGCCCAGUUUGCUCUUUCCAAAGAAGCAUCUCAAAAGCAUCCUGUCUCCUUCGUUGCUAAACAAAAGAAGCCCCAACACGUUUGGGAAGUGAAGUUCUUGGUGAAGCCAUAAAUGUUGGAAAUGGUCAAGCUUGUGUUUGACUUAAAGAAGGGAGAACAUUUGAGAAACUCCUCAGUCAAACUGAGUCAUUGCUCCAGAACCAUUGUCAUCUCCUUGAGAAUCUGAAGCUGGGCACAGAGAAAUCAGUUGCUCUGUAUGCAGCUGCACAAAAGUACCAGUGGUUUCUCAGCACAGCCAGCUCCAACUUUUCACAAAACCCUUAUGUUCGUGCUAAAACCAUCAAAGGAAGUUUCCUGUUUUAUGUCCCAUUUGGAAACUUCAAGGGUCGUGAAUGCUUUUGAAAUGAUGCAAAGUUUCUAUUCCAGGUAUCUUUCUGAUUGGAAGCAUAAUCUUGGUACCUUGUAAAUCGAUGGGGUUGUUUGUUUCAUCAGCGCCAGAAUCUAGAAUUGCCGUCUUUUCCGGGAGUUUGGGAAACGUUGAGAGCUUCUGUUCAGCCAGACUCAGAAAAAAGCAAUACAGACCAAGUGCUUGCUGUCAUGGAGCUCAAGUUCUAUUAGAGACAAGAAAAGUACACAGCCAGCAACAAAAUAGGGUGGCUUCAGAAUUCAAAGAUGCCAUGAACAAAGGAUGCAGGCUGUGCACAGACUCCAUGCCCACUCUGAGUGGUGUCCUCCUUUUCUGUACUGCCCGACCUAUGCUACAGUAUGUGGGAGCCUUGCACAACUCAGACAAUAAAUAAUGCUACGUGGAAAAUAAAACAGGGGGAGUGGUGACUAGGGUGGGUGUCAGUAUUACAGAUUGGGACGGCAGGAGAAAACCUGUCUGAGAAGAUGUCAUUUGAAGUGAAGACGUGAGCUGUGUUAAGAUCUGCAGGAAGAGCAUUCCAGGCAGAGAGAACAGCCGAUGCAAAGGUGCUAUGGCAGGCUGAGUAAUGCCCCCUCAAAGACAUCUACACCCUAAUCCCCGGAACCUGUGAAUAUGUUACCUUACGUGGUAAAAGGGACUCUGCAUUUGUCAUUGACUUGGUGGUCCUGAGAUGAGAAAAUUAUCCUGGAUUGCCUGGGUAGGCCAAAUACGAUAACGAAGUCCUUAGAAGAGGAAGGCAGGAGGGUCGAUCAGAGGGAAGAAGAUGUGAUGGUGGAAGCAGAGGUUGGCAUGAUGUGAGGAAGGGCCACCACCCCUGCCACGGAAUUAGGGCAGCCUCUAGAGGAAACGAGUUCUCCCUUCAGAGUCUCCAGAAGGAAGCACUCUACCUUCACUUUGGACUUCUGACUUCCAGAGCUUUAAGAUAAUAAAUUUGUGUUGUUUUAAGUCACUAAGUUUGUGGUAAUUUACUAUACCCAUAGUGUGAAACUAAUACAGAUGCUAUAGCAGAAAUAAGAAGAAGAGGGAAGCCAGGAUCAAACUGCGAGAGGAAGAAGAGGUCAGAGAGGGGACCAGGCAUUCUGGACUUUAUUCUGAAGAUGAUGGGAAAGCAGUAGGAAGGUUUAUACAGAGAAUAGCAUGUUCUGAUUCAUGUUUCUAAAACAUCACCCUGCUCACUCCUGGGGAAGUGGAUGAAUGGGGACAAUGAGUGGAAAGCUGAAGACAGUGGCCAAGACAUGACACUGUUCAGCCUUGAGCCAAGGCUGACUUGGGAUGUGUUUUGAGGUGUCAAAUUAAAACACAAAACCACUAGAGAAGAAACAAACAAAGCUGAGUUUUUGCUUUCCAGGCGUAGGAAACAUGUUUAAAGAACUUGUCUGUGCAGAAAUGGGAAGAAGUAGGCUCGGGGCAACAGGGAGAAAGUACAACCAAAAAGGGCAAGAUGCUGAGAACAGGUGUCUGGUUGGCUUAGGAAAUGGAUGGUGAUUCUUAUUUGCAUUUGGCCCUUAUGCCAGUUAACAGCACAAAAGUCCCAGUAUGUUUUUUCAAAGAGGUUGGGAUGGGCUGCUAAGGUUCUGGUGGGUUCAGUGUCACUGAGUAGGCAAAUUCAUACAUCCAGGCUCAAGAGUGUUCUUUGAUGGGAGGCAGUCAACAGUAUUUGCUAAUGGAUUGGAUGUGGGAGUGUUGGUUGACAAUUCUCCUUGGAGCUUCUCUGGUAUAACCUGAAACCAAUCCCUCUACUCAGAGGGCAAGGAGAGAACAAAGAAAGAGGUGGCUCCAGGUUGGUAGGUGGCAGUUUUAAAGUUCCAGAGGGAACAUAUGAGCCUUCCUUAGGUGUCAUCAAGGUGAGUAGAUCCCUGCACCUACUUGCCAGAUCUUAAAAGUUUAUAAAGAGGCCUUAGUUGGGUCUAGACACAUGUACUGUGCAGGUGUUCUCAACACCCCAUCACUAUCUCAAGGCCAUGUCUUUGGAGCAGCCCCUGGGAACAGGAAAGGAGAGCAGAACCCACAUUCCAAGGACAGGGUGGGGAACAAGGAGCCCCCAAGUGCCCCAGUCCAGCUCACAGGUCAGUUGGUGGUCAUACCUUUUCGAUGACCUUUCCCAACAGGGAGGUGAGGAGAAGAAAAGAAUCAACACCAAUUCUUAGCAUUUGGGCUUAAGAAACUGAUGGAGCAUUGGGAGCAGAUUUGGUGGAAGAAUUAAAAGUUCUGUUUGGACCUUCAGGUUGAGAUUCCCAUUAGACAUCCACGUGGAAAUGUCAAGCAAGCAUUUGGAUAUUUGAGUCUGAAGUUCAGAGGAGUGGACUGGUCAGGGGAUAUAAAUUUACAAGCAAACUACAUAAACAUGGAUGUUUAAGAAAUCAACUUUAUCGUGGCAUAGCUUACACAAAAUUAUAUGGACAUUUUAAAAAAUGUUUAUGUGUUUAUUUUGAGAACAAGAGAGAGUGUGAGUGGGGGAGGGGCAGAGAGAGGCAAAAAGAGGGCUCAGCACGGAGCCCAACAUGGGACUUGAACUUGCGAGCCUUGAGAUCAUGACCUGAGCCAUGAUCAAGAGUCAGAUGUUUAACUCACUGAACCACCCAGGGGCUUCUACAUGUACCCAUUUUAAGGGUACAGUUCAAUGAAUUUUGGCAAAUGUGUAUACCCUGUAACUACCACCAAAAUCAACAUAUUGAACAAUCCAGUUACCCCAUAAAGCUCUCUAUAUCUUUUGCAGUCAGUCUUCCUCUUACCUGGCCCCAGGAAACAACUCAUCUGCUUUCUAUGACUAUAGAUUACUUUUUCCCUUUCUAGAAUUUCUAGAAAUGGAAUCAUACAGUACAGCUUUUUUUUGUGUCUGACUUCCUUUGCUCAGGAAAGUUUUCGAGAUUUAUCCAUGUUGUUGCAUGCAUCACUGGUUUGUUCCUUUUUAUUGUCGAACAAUUUUCUGUUGUAUAGAUAUACCACAAUUUGUUUACCUAUUUAUCUAUUGAGGGAUAUUUGGGUUAUUCCCAGUUUUUAGCUAUUAUGAGUAAAGCUGCUAUGAACAUUCACUUGUCUUUGUGUGGACAUACCUUUUUUCAUUUGUCUUGGAUAAAUACAUAGAAAUGGGAUUGUUAAACCCAUGUGGUAACUUCCUAAGAAAGUGGCAAACUAUUUCCAAGUGGUUGGACCAUUUUAUGUACCCACCAGCAAUGUAUGAAAGUUCCAGUUACUCCACAUUCUCAUCAACACUUGGUGUUGUCGGUUCUUUAAAAAGGACUCUAGCCGUUCUAAAUUAACAACACAGGAAACAACAGAUGUUGGUGAAGAUGCAGAGAAAGGGGAAUAUUUUUACACUAUUGGUGGGAAUGCAAACUGGUUCAGCCACUCUGGAAAGCAGUAUGCAGUUUCCUCAAAAAGUUAAAAACAGAACUACCCUAUAACCCAGCAAUUGCACUACCCAAAGGAUACAAAAAUACAGAUUCAAAGGGGAACAUGCACCCCAGUGUUUAUAGCAGCAUUAUCAACAAUAACCAAACUAUGGAAAGAGCCCAAAUGUCUAUCAACUGAUGAAUGGAUAAAGCUGUGUUUUAUAUACGAAAUGGAAUAUUAGCCGUCAAAAAGAACGAAAUCUUGCCAUUUGCAAUCACAUGGAUGGAACUUAGUAUCAUGCUAAGGGAAAUAGGUCAGUCAGAGAAAGACAAACACCAUAUGAUUUCACUCACAUGUGGAAUUUAAGAAAAAAAAAAACAGAUGAACAUAUAGGAAGAAAAAGAGAGAGGGAAGCAAACCAUUAAAGACUCUUAACUCCAGAGAACAAACUGAGGGUUGCUGGGGGGGGAAGGGGGUGGAGGAUGGGUUAAAUGAGUGAUGGGUCUUAAGGAAGGCACUUGUUAUGAUGAUCACUGGGUGUUUGUAUGCAAGUGAUGAAUCACUGAAUUCUACUUCUGAAACCAAUAUUUCACUACAUGUUAACUAACUAGAAUCUAAAUAAAAAAUUGAAACAAAAAAAGGGACGCUAGCCAUUCUAGUAGGUGUGUAGAGGCAUCUCACUGUGGUUGUAAAUUAAUUUCCCUAAUGAGUAAUGAUGUUGAGCCAUUGAGGGGUAUAGAAAGAGAUUCAAAGAUAGCAAAAAUGAAAACAAUGAAAUCAUAAUUUACUCCUUGAAAACCAAAACUUGUAUAGGAGAGAGUUAAUUAUAGCUCAUUACUUGGGUCCUCAGAGAACAAUAUUUCUGUUACCACAGAAGUGCAGAAUCUGAAGUUGGAUUUACCCCUCAAUUAUGGUGUGCUGGGAGGGUGUGGAAAAGGGGAAAGGAUAUAGACUUAGACUUACCUACCAUAACGGGAGGUCAGUAGAUAAAGCCUGUGCAGGAUAUCUCCUAGCAGGAUUGCCUUGAGGCAGACAGGCACUAACUGAUUUGAAAUUCUCCAAAGACAAUUACCCAACUUUCUGCAUUCCCCAUUACUUGUCUUUAGCAGUUGUGUUCCACUUAAGGAAGCCUUUUGGUUUGUAUCAUAGUGGUGCCCUAAAAACAGUACUAGUAGCUUGGAAAGCAGGCUCAAUUCUGAACCAAGUCUUCCAUUGUUCUUACCUUUUGAAGGAGUUUGGGGUUUGUUAGUGCUGGAUGUGCAACUGAAUGACAUCCAAUUUUAAAUCCAAAGGCAACCUCAACUCCCUGGGCUUUAAAAAACAUAUGCCAUAUGUAGGCAGAGGAGCUCUGUAAAGGUGUGGGUUGCAAUUUGACUCUCAAAGAGAACAUUUGCUUUUAUGUACCUUGCUUUCUGGCAGAUACCGUUUUACUCUCCUGUUGGGGACAAUACAGAGUGAAUUUAUUAAGAGUCUUUUGCAGAAGCCAAGGUGGCUGAAGCCUGUCAGGGGGAGGCAUGAAACAUCUCUUCCUAUUUUCUUCUUCAGCCUACAGCUGAUACUUGGGUCAUAUUUACACUCCACUUCUGCAUCCAUUUUGUCAGGACCACAUCUCAUUCCAGUUGUGUGAAUUGUGUACCAGGCCCUGAGUAAGAGCUAUCUAAAAAUAAACCACUAAGGAGCUACUCUUCACAUAGUGCUAGAAUGUUCUUUUCCUUGGUGAGGCGCAGUUAAGCUCUGCUUCUCACUGCCAUGUCCUCUUGCUUAUUUCUCUUAAAAAUAACAGUAAAAGCUAAUACAUUAAACAUUUCCUAUCUUACUAUGUAUCAGGUUCUGUCCUUGGCGCUUUACACUCAUGAUCUCAUUUAAUUUCUAUGACAACCCAGUGAGGCAGGAACUUUUAUUCUCUCCAUUUGACAGAUGAAGAAUCCAGAGAUCAGGAACGCUAAGUAAUUUUCUCACUUUGUUUCUCAGCCUCCAAAGCCAAGCUCUCAGCCUCUAUGAUGUCUUGCCUUCCAGUUCUGCCUCAAAUUAUGGAAGUGUAGACUUGCACACUGCUUUGAUUCCCCUCGCCUUUGCACUAGGAGAAUUCAAGGCACAAGUUAAGUGGCCAAGGCUGGUUUAGGAGUGAGCGAGAGAUUGGUCUCUGUUCCUUGUUGCCACCAGCAGGUGGCACAGUUGCUCUGGUGGAAUUUCCCUGGGAGCCAUUUGAAAGGCGUCCGUUUCUAUAGAGACACUUUCAGCCCAAAAGAACCAUCAAACCAUUUUUUCCUAGUUGAGGUUGCCUAAUCGUGUUCAUUGAAGACAGUCUAGGUAGACAAACGGUGUUGUGAGAAGCUGGUGAACAGUAACAGAGAUCUUUAUAUUUCUUUAGAUCACACCUACUAUGUUAACUACUACAAUUUGUGGAUAAUUCUAUAUCCUAGCCAUCUUCCUCUUGCCACCCAGUGCCUUUCAAGCCACAUUGCUCAGAGCACCGUUUGAUGAGAAGAUUCAGUUGUAAAACAAAGUUAAUCUUACUUUGCACAGCUAUGUGACAGAGUAAUGGGCAACCUCAUGACCUUCAAGUGAUUUUAGUGGUGUAUCACUACCACAUCCACCAUUCAGGGUUAGAUUCUAAUCCUGGCUCUGCUUCUAUGUCAUCCUGAGAUGACCUUGACCUCUCUGUGCCUGGAUUCCUUAGCUGUAAAUCUCAGAGUACCAUUACAUUGGGUUGUGACAAUGAUUGCAUGAGUCUCCUACAAUUAAAGCAUUUGAGAAGGGCCUGGCACAUGGUAACUCUCAGAAGGUGUUAGCUCUUGCCAAGCCCCACUCUGUCCAAUUUCAAGGAUAAAGAAGGAUCUUUUGAUAAGUAGAGAGUGUUUAGUUCUUUUGAAGUCUUUACAUACUUUACUGGACUUGCUUCUGUGUCCUUGGUAUUAUACCUUCAUUGUGGCCAGCUUCCAAUCUACAAGAUAACGAUGUUGCUCUAAAGUCACUUGAAAACUGUCUCCAGGAAGGGUAUUUAAACAAAAUUAGGUUCAUGAGGAGGUGGUCAGGAUAGGGGCGCUUGUCUGGAAGCAUACUGGCCUUCCGCUCCAACCAUACCCACCCAAAGCUCGUCAUGUUCGUGUCACCUCUCUGGGAUGCUCUCCCUGGGCACAAGUCCUGUGGGGAACAGUGCGGUCCACGAAGCCUUUUCCUGAGGACGGUGGCUCACUGUGCCCAGGCAGUGUCCUGGGUGGAGCUGUCAUCCAGCGGCCCGAGGGAGAGACCUGUACUACCCCUACCCAAUGGCAGAUUCCAAGCAGGCACACCCCAUCAGGCACCAAGGUCACUUCCCAACUGCCGGUCGGUAUUUAACUUUCCACAUGAGAUUAGAUUAAACAUUUGGGUUCAUAAACGCCUAGAUUGCAGAUUGCAGCUAACAAAGGCUUGGUCAGCCGCGAGCUGAAAGUGCCCGGCAGGCUGAGAUUUAUGCAUGGUCCCCGAGAACUUGCCAACACCAGCCAGGAAGUUGAGAGCCGCCUGGCUUUGUAGUAGGGGGUUUCCUACCGCUCAAGCACUGCCUAGCAGGAGGGAGACAUGCCGGCUCUGUCCAAUCUGACGCAGACGCUGGAAGAUGUCUUCAGAAGGAUUUUUAUUACUUAUAUGGACAACUGGCGCAGGAACACGACAGCUGAGCAAGAGGCCCUGCAAGCCAAGCUUGAUGCUGAGAACUUCUACUAUGUCAUCUUGUACCUCAUGGUGAUGAUCGGCAUGUUCUCCUUCAUCAUUGUCGCCAUCCUGGUGAGCACGGUGAAAUCCAAGCGACGAGAGCACUCCAACGACCCCUACCACCAGUACAUCGUGGAAGAUUGGCAAGAGAAGUACAAGAGUCAAAUUUUGAAUCUAGAAGAAUCAAAGACCACCAUCCACGAGAACCUCGGGGCAGCGGGGUUCAACAUGGCUCCUUGAUGAGGAGGAAAGGCGUCAAGCCAACAGCGGAUACCCGGAUGUGAAGAGACACCUGUGCCGUGGAGCAAAUCCAAGUUGUCACUGCUUAGAUGACACUAAGUUCCUUGCUUUCUGUUGAGAAUUUUCAUGGAGAGCCUGUGGCAACUCAACUAAGACGACAAUGGUAAUCUCAGUGUGAUUUAGACUUGCUCAUCAGAGCCGUGUUUUAUGCUGAAGAUCCCUUUUACUUUCUGUGCAACAUAAAUGUCACUUUAGUCAAUGUCAAAUUUGACACAUUUUGUCGAGUGAGUGGAAAUAAAGUCAAAUUUGAAGGACA